GAAAGGGAGGGAAGUGUGUUGAAUGUUGAGUGCAGAGUGUCAGCUGUGGCGACUGCUGCAAGAACAAAACAGACUAACGAUUAUAAGGCUAGAUCUACUUUCUCCAUCCACAAUUUUGAAAAAUGAGACACGAGUCAAUAGAUAGUUUCAUACACUUAUGGCGUCAACUUGAAAAUGAGGCACGCGAAUUAUUCUCAGACGUACGUGACGUUUUUGCUUUGAUAGGAGCCUAUUACGUUGCCAGAAAAUCUAUUGCAAUUGCUUCGUAUGCUUUCGAAGCCAUCAACCUGCACUUGGUAUGCCAACUCUCGUCUGUUGAUAAUGAAUAUUGGGUCAAGAGAUACGGACCAUGGGCAGUGGUGACAGGUAGCAGUGAGGGCAUUGGGCAAGCUUAUGCCACUGAGUUGGCAAAGCGAGGUCUAAAUGUGGUCCUGAUAAGCCGCAAUGAACGCAAGCUCAUGAAAGCCAAGGCUGAAAUUGAGGGAAAGAGCGGAGUUAAAGUGGAGUACAUCGUGGCAGAUUUUGCGGCCCAGGAUCAAGCACAGGUCUAUGGUCACAUCAAGGAUAAGCUGGCCGACAAGGAGAUUGGACUUCUUGUAAACAAUGUGGGUGUGAUGUAUGACUACCCUGACGUCCUACUGAAUAUCUCGAGUCAGAAACUGUGGCAGCUUAUCUAUGUGAACAUUGGGGCAGCCACCAUGAUGAGCCACAUGCUGUUGCCCCAGAUGGUCAAUCGAGGGCGUGGUGGACUGGUCAUCGUCUCAUCGGGCUCAUCUACUCAAAUCACACCUCAGAUGACCGUCUACUCAGCCACAAAGAGAUACCUGGACUACUUCAUCCAAGGCAUGGCCUAUGAGUAUCGCAACUCCGGGGUGACCUUCCAGUGCCUCGUGCCUUUCUACGUCCUUACUCGCAUGACUGGCUACAGCGACCAGCUCAGCAAGAAUAGUUGGUUCAUCCCAGAUGCCAGGAACUUUGCCAAAAGUGCUGUCAGGACUCUGGGACACUCCACUUUGACCACUGGCUACUUCUGUCACACUCUACAGUUGUGGAUUGCGUACUUAUUGCCCCUGCGUCUGUGGAUGUGGGCCUCUGAGAAGCUCAAUAACUCCCUGAGGAAAGAGGCUCUGAACCGCCACUCCCGCCGACCCCUGGCCUCUGUUUCGUCCGACACCUCGCCUGGGUCACCGCAAGUGUGAGCUUGGAGUCAGUGCCAUGAGAGAGGGAUUGAGGGGGGGGGGGUGUGAUAAUCAAAGUUACGUUUUAGUCUAAGUGCCUUAUGUAAAGGAUGUGAGUGGGUGUGAAGAGGUAAAAAAAAACUAGCCACAGAUGUUUGUGAGUAUCGUCUGUUUGGUAAUUUCAGAUUUUCUUGAGGAAUUCUAGUUUGAUUAGGAUUUCCUGGUUCACCUGCCUCAAUGUUACAAUAUCUGGUUCAGAAUAGGGAUUUCUGGUUCUGAGUAGGAAUUUUGGCUUCUAAGAGCAAAUUCCUAAAAUCAGAGUUUGAGUUCUAGAUUUAGUGCCAGGAUUACCAGUAUUACCAGAUAAUGUUAUUUAUCAACUUUUAGCUUAAGAGUUUAUUGUCAAGCAUCAUUGUAGGUAUGGCCAAAGUGUGAAGUGUUGUGGAAAACACUGAUUAGUACAGCUUAUUAUAAAAUCCUUGCUAUAUAUAUAUGAAGAGUGUGAUAUUGAGUUUGUAG